UGUUUUACCCUAUCUGAUAUUUGGCUGUUUUUUCUUCGUUAGGGUAUUUUACAGGAGUAAUAGAUAUGAUGAAGGAUAUGAAGGAGAUGAAGGAGAUGAAGGAUAAGCAGGAUAUGAAGUAUAUGAAGUAUAUGGAGGAGAUGAAGGAUAAGCAGGAUAUGGAGGAGAUGAAGGAGAUGAAGGAGAUGAAGAAGAAAAGGAAGAAGAUGAAGAAGAUGAAGAAGAUGAAGGAGAUAGUGUUUGAUAUGAAGGAGAUAGAGAUGGAUAUGAAGGAGAUAGAGAUGGAGGUGAAGGAGAUGAAGGAGAUGAACGAGAUAAAGAGGGCUACGCAGAAGCAGGCUGGGGCUGUAACAUGGGUCUAUUGGGACAUCAAGAUGUGCCCGGUUCCGGAUGGCUUUCAUCCUCGUCUUGUCCGUCCGAGUAUUAAGCGGUUAUUGGAGAAGAAUGGCUACGGUGGUGGUCCUCUCAACGUCAUUGCCUAUGGAAAACUAGCGGACGUCCCUCUUGAAACCCUGAGAGAGGUCUUUUCCAGUGGAAUCGAUCUUAAACUUCUCCCCCACGGUAACCUUUCAGGUUACAUUGAUUUGUCAUAUCCAGCUAAUAUUAUGGUCAUAUCCGAUCCAAAAGCCUGCCCUUAUUCAACUUCCGGUCUACAAGCACUCGGCAAAAACCCUAUCCAGCCAUUUCCAUAUCAUUCUCUUUCCACCUUACUUAUGAAAUAUUCAGGGGUAGUUGGGGAGGAAACGGCUGAAUCUGCCUUGUGGGAUUGCUUGGUAUGUGCCCGUGAUCCUCCUGGCCAAAGCUUUGCAACUUUCAUCUCGCAUUUAUCUGAUGAAGAACAUCAUGAACGGCUGGUAAUCAUGCAUUUUACAUUUUGUCGUCAUUGUCCCAACUGUUUUUUAUUUUUUAAGUCAAACACCCUCUGUUACCACAAGUAGUCACUUCCUUGUUUUGACCCCCCUUUGUUCAUUUGAUUUGUUG